AUGGGAAAGCAAAGCGGCAGAUAUGAAAUGGCGACGGAAUCGACUGGGAGGAAAAGUGUACCUGGGCAAACCUAUAGUGAUGCCAUUUGCAGUUUUGUUAUCUGCAAUGAGUCUUCCCUUCAGCGGCAUCAAAUAAUCUUUAAUCCAGACUUCUUUGUGGAGAAGCUGAGACAUGAGAAGCCUGAAGCAUUCACAGAACUUGUGGUCAGCAACAUUACCCGAUUGAUUGACUUGCCUGGAGCAGAGCUUGCUCAACUGAUGGGUGAGGAAGAGCCCCAGUUGCCUGGUGGGCCUAGCAUUUCCUCAGGUUUUUUCCGUUCCUUGAUGUCUCUUAAACGCAAAGAGAAAGGGGUGGUAUUUGGAGCACCACUGACUGAAGAAGGCAUUGCUCAAAUAUCUCAACUCAUUGAAUAUUUGCAUAAAAAUUUACGGACAGAAGGCUUGUUCCGAGUGCCUGGAAACAGUACCAGGCAACAGAAUCUGAAAGAAGCUUUGAAUAGUGGAACAGAAAUUGACCUGGAUUCAGGCGAAUUUCAUUCCAAUGAUGUGGCCACUUUGUUGAAGAUGUUCCUGGGAGAAUUACCAGAGCCUUUGCUGACUCACAAACAUUUCCAUGCACACCUUAAAAUUUCAGAACUGAUGCAGUUUGAUGACAAGGGCAACAAGACCAACAAUCCAGAUAAAGAGCGUCAGAUUGAAGCACUGCAAUUGCUCUUCUUGAUCUUACCAGCUGCCAAUCGCAAUCUGCUCAAAUUGCUAUUGGAUCUGCUCUAUCAAACAGCCAAGAAACAGGACAGGAACAAGAUGUCAGCACAUAACCUUGCCCUUAUGUUUGCACCUCAUAUUUUGUGGCCCCGAAAUGUGACUGCCAGCGAUCUGCAAGAAAACAUUAACAAACUGAAUAAUGGAAUGGCUUUCAUGAUCAAGCAUUCACAAAAGCUCUUCAAAGCUCCAGUAUAUAUUCGGGAAUAUGCCAGGAUACAUUAUUUGGACUCCAGAACUCAUGCUUCAAAGGAUGACCUGGAUUUGCCAAUGCCCCAGAAUUUCAAAGACAUUCAGCUUCUGAAAUUCAAGAAACGAGGGCUCUUAGAUCCUUCUGCCCACUUGGAAGACACACAGCACCAUACAGAAAAAGCACUGAAAGAGCUUUUCUGCCAUGUUCAUAAUAUGCCAGACUCUGCCAAGAAAAAGAAGCUUAUUCAGCAGUUUCAGAAGCAUCCUGAAGCCCUUACUCCUCAAACAGCUAUGUCCACACAGAUUCAGAAACGUGCCCGAACUCGUUCCUUCAGCGGCCUAAUCAAGCGUAAAGUAUUGGGAAGUCAAGUGAUUUUGGACAAAAAGAAAAAUGAUACUGUUACAGAAUCUGCAGGCACUAAGGAUUCAAAGCAUGGUAGCAAGGAGAAUAUCAGCUUGACACCAGCUUCUUCUCCAGCAAUUAAUGUGAUAAGAGCUAAACUGAAAUCUCUUGAACACAGGAAAGAGGAUGCCUCUAAAAAUACUUGAUUUCAUGGAACUUCAACAGUAUUCCACUUGAGCUGAUGGUGUACAGUAUAUAUCUAACUUCACUUACUGGAGCUUACAACUGUGUACCUUCCAGAAUAAUAAGACUUUCUCUGUCAUAAGGACAUUUCUGUCUGUCCCUUUGUUGAUGCACUGGAUGAUAUUUGUCUUUGAAGAGGUUAUUAUUUAAUAUUAUUUUUGUUCCCAACUGUUUACUAUUUUGACAACUGUUUGAGACUUAGUUUGCAUCCUCUGUCUAUGUUCAUGUUUACUGGUGAAGUUUUGUUUUUUAGCAAGACUGUGUCUUUUUUUUAACCUGGCAGUUCCUAUUAGCAUCCACAACAGUUAAUUCUUGUUUGCAGCUACGCUCCUCUUGUGAUCUUUGGAAACGGCAGUUUUAUUUAAAUUCUACUUAGUGUUCGGAAUCAGUUACAUCUUUCUCCUUUCAAAGGACUAGUGAUUCCGUUGCUUGUACUUGUCCUGAGAAUGCCAUUCUUAUUUUCUCCUCAGUGCUGCGAAAACAUUUUGGAUGAGGCUCCCCAGCACCACCAUUACAUUUCCAUUGUUUGUAAUCCAGGCUCUGACUCACAUUUUUCAGGCAGGGCCAAGGAGCUGACAGUUUAAUGACUAACAAUCUACUGGAAGAAUACUAAAAGGCAGAAGAGCUUGUUAAUGUGGAAGGCAGCUGACUUGCUCAUUGGGAAGGCGGGAAGGCUGUCAAAUUACUAAAAGAAAUGUUUCCUUUUUCUUUUGUCAAUAACAGACGAACACAUGUGGGAGGAGGAUGCACUGAUACAGCAGUGCUGCUGUUUGAGUAAAAAAAAAAGACUACAGCAAUAUUGCAACUGCUUGAAACUGCUAAGUUUCUUCCUUCUCUUGAAGAAUCAGAAAUCUGCACUGAGCUAGGUGAACAUUUCUGCCAUCUUCCCAGAAAACACAUUGCUGUCUGAAAGAUUUGUAACAUGAGUUUCAUUACACACACACACACACCAAGAAAAGUCUAUAUAUUGUCUUUUGUUUCAUGCUGAGGUUUUAUUUUGUUUUUAAAUUUCAGGCUAUAUUUUCAAAAAAACUGAAGUAAUAUGGAACAAAGCCUGGUUCUAUUUUUAAGGAUUGGGGGGGGGGCUAUUUGGGUUCUUUAAAUAUAAGGACUGAUAUUUUCCUCCUCUUUUAAAAGAGUAGGCUUCUAAAUCUGAUAUAUACAAGGAGUUCUCUAGCUGGCUGUAAAUACCCACAAAUCUACUUGUCAAUAUUUUAAGCCGAGCAUAAAAUGGUUGCUAACAUUGUGAGGUCAUAGUAUGCAAAAAUAACUGAGGUAGGGAAAACAGUAGAGAGAAACACUCUAAGUUCUCAUUCUUACCUUGAUUUGGUCAUGUUUUACUACACUGAGAAGAAUCUGUCAGGAAGAUGUCCAAAAUCCCAUUCAAAUCUUGAAAGCAAAGCUUUCUUGUGCACCAUAGACAAAUCAUUCUUGUAUUUUAUGUAAUACCAAGUCAUUAUUUGGUAUUGUGUUCUUAUACUCAACUAUAAUCCUUAUGCAUUCUUUCCAAAUAAGUGAUUACAUUGUGGCAAAUCAUUUUUUAACUUCCAUUCAAACUCUCAAAGUCUAGUUGAUAUCUUCCCCUCCAUAUCAGAAUUGCAAACUCUUUUGGAGGGAAAAAUGCAAACUGUACCUCAUUAGUUCAGAUAUAAUUGUAAAGUGUAAGUCCUGUACAAGCCAUGAAAUAAUUAAGCAUGCUGUGCAGGAGGAGAAAGUGAAUGUACAGUUUAUUAGUUAGUGUGAUAUGUGAACUGCUCUAUCACACGCAAGGAAUUCACUAUUUGAGACUGCCCCAAAAAGCAUUGCCUAAAUGCUUAAAUUAUUAAGCUCAUUAGUAAUUCAGAUCUUUGCUCUUAUAAUUGGCAAUUCUAGAACAAAUCUAGAAUAAUUACCUCCAAGAACUGUUACAUUUUAUUCUAAACUUCAUCUGUGCUAUGGAGAACUCUCACUUACCAAUGCAAUGUAAUAUUGUAAAUAAUACAUUUUUAAUGUUGCCCUAUCUGUUAACAUGAAAUUUCUACAUUAAAUAAUUCUUGGUGUUGGAUCCUUGUUAACAAAUUUCUCCAUUUUUGUUUCUUAAUUCUGGUUUGUAGCACCAAAGAGAUGUCUGGGAGGUUUAUAACAUAUUUACAUUGAGUUUUAAAAGAUUUUGUCUCUGGAACUGAAUUCCCAAAAAGAAAAUUUCUAAGUAUUAAAAGUCAUUGUUUUUCCAGUGUAAAGAACGUUCAAGUUUCAGGAAAGAUAUAUUCCAAUGGAAGAUAAUACCUAUAACUCAGGGUUGGACUAGGGAAUUCUUGGUGCUCUGUGACCAUGAUUGUUUGUUUGGAGAUAUUUAAUUACCUAACUAGGUAACAUCAGUGCCACCACUCAGAGAGCUUCUGAAAGUAACUAUUGGAUUGUAUAUUACCUUAUUUAUGGAUAGAUGUGUGUCAAAUUGUACUAUAGAUUGCAUUCAUGUUCUUGAGAGUGCCUGUCUCAAUUGAGUUUCAGAACUAUGUUAAAAAAAUCUGAUUUAAUCAAUUUUAGAUUUAAAAAUUGGGUUGACUUUUUCUAUUUGUUAAUUGGCUCAGGAAAAAAAGGUGCCGUGCAUGUGCCUCAGAAAUAUGUCUCUUCUCAAAUUUUUCAUUGUAUUAUCCUGAU